AUGAAGUCUCACAUCGUAAGGGACCUGGUCCAUUACUCGUUAAGUGAAAGCAUACAUUCUAUCAGAUGUUGUGCUGAAGGAAAACAACUUCUAUUGGUGUACGAGUACUUGGAUAACAAUAGCCUUGCCCGUGCUUUAUUUGGUCCAGAAGAACAUCGUUUCCAAAUAGACUGGCCAACAAGGCAAAAAAUCUGCAUUGGGCUAGCAAAAGGCUUAGCUUUUCUACACGAAGAAUCAUCAUUAAAAAUUGUUCAUAGGGACAUCAAAGCAACAAAUGUACUUCUUGACAAGAAACUAAACCCAAAGAUCUCUGACUUUGGUCUGGCCAAACUUGACGAUGAGGAUAAAACACAUAUCAGCACUAGAAUUGCUGGAACCAUAGGAUAUAUGGCACCUGAAUAUGCACUAUGGGGCUACUUAACCUACAAAGCAGAUGUCUACAGCUUUGGAGUUGUUGCGUUAGAGAUUGUUGCUGGGAAGAACAAUAUGAAAUAUCGCCCCAAUGAGAAAUUUGUUUGCCUUCUAGAUUGGGCCCUUGUCCUAAAAAGGGAAGGAAAACUGAUGGAACUAGUAGAUGAAACAUUGAGUUCAGAUUUCAAGAAGGAUGAGGCUCUAAGGAUGAUAAACGUAGCCCUUCUAUGUACCAAUACAUCCCCAGCACUUAGGCCAACCAUGUCUGCAGUAGUCAGCAUUCUUGAAGAUCAUCUUGACCUUCCUGAGUUUAGCUUGGAAUCAAGAUCUCAUGAUGAUGAUGAUGAGCUCAAGUUUAAGAGACAAGUAUGACGAGAUGCGGAGCUUGAGUGAAAGUCAAACACUUACUCAUUCAUCCAACACUAUAAGAAGAGAGUGCUCUUCCACUACAUCUGAAUUGGGUUAAUAAAAUUCACAGUCUGAUCAAUACUGUGAAACAAAGAGCAACAGAUUUUAGUUUAGGACUAUAUAUGUUAUGUGAGGUAUAAAGCUUCCUCAAAAUGAUAGAAAGUGUUCAAAAUACGUGUAAUAGCCUAUACAGAUACUACUUUGGAGCAGACGCAAUUCCAAGCAAAUGGUAAACCUCUACUACUAA